CGCACAGUUGCAUGCGCGGAGUCCUGGCUGCUACUUGUGACUGCGGGGACCUCAUCAUUUCCUCGAGUGUUGUCGGAGCCAAAGUGAAAGUCAGCGGUGCUAGCCAGCGGACGUACAUGACAGCAUGUAGCCGAGCAGCGACGCUGUCGGCGGACACGGCGGACACUUCGGACCCAUUUCCCCGGCGACCGUUACAACAACCCGGGGCUGCCAAACAACAAGCACCAUUCAGUGUCAGCCAGAGGCAGCAGCUGGAGCUCCCCGCUGCCCCGCUCCUGCUCUCUCUGGAGCCCGUUUAUCCCAGCCACACCUGGAUAGCCUUUCAACCAACACACCCAGGUAAAGAGUCUGGGAAGCCUCUUUGAUGCAACCUGUAAUGAGGAGGUCUGAGUUACACAACAAUGUCAGCAGACUCCCAGGUUGAGCACCCACUUUGCUUCAGUGGCUUAGUGCCAGAUGCCUUGCAACUGAGUGAUCUGUUCAGAAACCCCUGACUGCCAGUUCCAGUGCACCUCAGCUACUGUCUCGUUCCACUUCCUGGCCUCUGCCGUAGCUCUGCGUCAUCUUGCUGCUUCUACAGGGCGACAGGAUGGCCUAGUGGUUACAGAAACUAUCCUUCAGCUGGAUGAACACCUGUGUUGGCAAGCACUUCUGAAGCAUCCUUGAGCAAGACACUCAGUCCCCACUUAGGACUUCUGUUAUGUAGCUGACCCUGAGUUAUGGCCUCCUUGUGGAGAGGGACAACUGACAAGAGAAUUUUCCUUCAGGGAUCAAUAAAGUAUCAUACAAAUUAUUGUUCAUCUUCAACUUCUAGAGCAAGAGUUUCAACCACAGAUCCCAACUAACAUUUCAAACCUCCUAUUCACAAUUUGCACUAGUUUUCACCUAUUGCAGUCCUAAGUCCAGCUGUCAGCUAUAUCAGUCCCUCUCCAGCUCCCCUCCCCUCCCGAUCUGCAGCCCCAGUACCAUGCUGGGUGCGCUCCUGCGGAGGAACAUGUCCCAAAAGCUAAGCGUGCUGCUGCUGGUGUUUGGCCUGGUCUGGGGACUCAUGCUGCUGCGCUACACUGUGCAGCAGCCUCGCCACCAGAGCAGCGCCGAGCUACGCCAGCAGAUCCUAGAGCUCAGUCGGCGCUACGUCAAGGUCCUGACUGAGGAGAACCAGAAUGCACCAGGCGGGCCGCAGGGAACCUCCAUGGCUGGUUAUGCUGAUCUGAAGAGGACCAUAGCCGUGUUGCUGGAUGACAUUCUGACACGGCUGGUGAAACUAGAGGGGAAAAUUGACCUGGUAGUCAACGCCUCCUCCACAAACACCUCCCAUGCUGCAGGGGGCGUUGUUGCCUCUGUUCCUGCUGCCUUACCAAAAGCCUCAAAACAGGAGACACCAGGCAGCCACCCAGGGACGCCACGGCCCAACCCACACACACCUAACAGGCCUGGACAACAUCAAGGACCAUAGUGUUAAUAUAUGUUUUAGCGUGUUGUUUUAUGCAUCACACUUUCCAGAAGUUAAUCACUGAUUGCUGAUAUCAGUUAAAGAAAAAUGAAAAGCAAUAGGGAGAGGCGUGGACAUCCACUAACUUAAAACAUGGGAUGAAUGUCAGAGAUGCUCAGACAAACUCAGAGGAAAGGAGGACUGCUUGAUGCUCUUUACUUUUCAUAUGCUGAUAUUUAUUUUUUUACCAGGACUACUCCACACCUUUUUUUGAUAUUUACAUCAGUGAAUUCUUUGGUUCAAAUUUUUGCCUCUCGUUAUGAUGGAAGUUCUGACUGUUACAGCAGAGGCAGAGGUAAACACUCUCGGAUUUGAAACUCCACCUUAUUUGGUUGGCCGCAGAAAUGACUGAGAACGCUUUGGUGUGUGCAGCGCUUAUGAAUUUGCAAUAUUGCUUCAACAUAUCAAAAUGCUGAAAUAGAUAGUGCACUCAUGGUAGUUAGGAAUAGAUGCAUUUCGACUUGCAACUGGCCAAGUUGGAUAUUAUGUAGAAGGUUCCUCUCUCAGCUAAUGUGUACAAUAAUUCCAUGGAUAAUAAAACUAAUAGACGUGAAGGAGAUAAUCCAAAGAAUGUUAUUUGCACUCCCAUUGACAGCCCUAUAAAUGUGUAUUUAAAUUUUUCUGUUUGACAGUCUGACCUUUAUGUAGUAUAUGAGAGGACAAUGUUUAUUUGCCAUAUUGUACCUGGAGAAGUGUGUGUGUGUGUGUGUGUGUGUGUGUGUGUGUGUGUGUGUGUGUGUGUGUGUGUGUGUGUGUGUGUGUACUGUGUCUCAAUUGCAGUCCAAUAUUUGGCUCUUAUGCCUAGUGUCUGGAGCUCUUUUAUUUUAGAUGUGGAAUGGAUUGAAUGUACUGUAUGGUCAAUAUUUAGCCCUGUAGUGCUGUUAAGAUGACUGACUCACUGCUUACACGUGUUCAGGGUUCAUGUUGCACUGUGACUCUAUAGGAAUUCCCUAAAAAUAGUGGACUUGUCCAACUUUGACAUUAGAGAUAUUUUAGGGGGUGGACAUUAAGCUGUGGCAUAACCAUUCUUCUAGCCUCGCUGCAGGUCCUGAACCUGUAUUUUUUUUUUUCGUCUUUAAAUUAUAAUGCCAAGAGACCUGUGCAAAAUGUGUCACAUUGUCCCAGCCCAGACACAUAGGAGAGACUUUAUUCCUGAUGCUCAUAAAAUGUAUCAUGAUGAUACAUGAGCACCUUUGUGAGGCAAAGAAGCUGGACAAUAUUGCCAUCGAUAUAACAAACAAAACUUGAUUAAAACAUAUUGUCAGUCAUAAUUUCCUUUUACUGCGUUUCAGAAUGUGGCCCAGAUGUCAAGCCAGCAACAGUGAAUUACUGAACUGUGGUGGAACUAUGUCUGUACUAAGGGCUGAUGCCAUAAAUGUACUUUGCUUCACAGAGAUAGCAGUAGAAAACAUAAGGAAGCCUGUGAGCUAUUCUUUAACAUCCAGAGGUGUCAUAUUAACCUGCAAAAAUACUGUGGAUUCAAGUGAGACAAAGCUUUAUUGACACACAGAAUUUUACCUCAUGUAAAAAUAAUUUGUUCCCCAUUCACAUGAUUUUUUUUUUUUUUUUUAAAUCAUAUUCU